CCAUCGGCCAGUCCCUGAAUAAACUUUCCCUGGGUAUCAACCUUACCUCCCCGAGCAUCCUGACUGGGGCCAACCAAACCCACUCUGCAACUGGAAAAGCGGGUGGGCAUCCGGCCAUUAGGACCACUCCCUGAUGACAUUGGCAGUCCAGUCAUGCAUGAACCACCCAUCCAUCCAGAUAUGCCCGGGUGCCUAUCGACCCCAGUUGGACGAGGGGGGAGGACUGGCUCUGGGAGGCCGUCAGCUGCGUUCUCGAUGGACCUAUCGAUUCUCAGCUCCUUGCGAAAGGCCUCGCGUGUACUGAAGACUAUGGGGGGUGGGUGGGUGUACACCUUUCUUUCGCUCUCUCUACCCUCUCUUACCUUUUUUUUGUUUUCUAUUUUCAUGUUUCGCGUUUUGCGAUCCAGACUGCGAAAUGCCGGGGUUACUCGGCCCAUUUUGCUCCAACUCGUUCGUGUCUCUAUCCGGUCGUUUUGCCUCCUCCCAGCCACCAUGAUGGACAAGCUGUGUCGCGGGAACUGGGAUUCGCCCCCUUCCUAUUCGCUCGAGUCUGCUUCUUUUUCAAACUCGCAACGGUCCAGGGCACUUCUCGUGAACCAGUUCGGGCAAAAUCAUCCGAGGAUACGCGAUACUCUGAGUGGUUAUGUAAGUAGUAAGGAUGAAAGAGGAUAUUAAAGGUAUUAUUAGAUGUGUGAUAAUAACUAAUG